AUGGACAGGACAAAUACAUUUGUUGAACUUGCCCAUCAGGUGUCCAAAGUAUUUUAUCUCAAAAACUGCUGGAUUUGUGGGAGUCCAAAAGGUUUCCCAGAAUGGCCGUGGGUUGCAUUCCCGGUAGCACCCCGGUGGCUCUUAAGUAAUGUAAGUGAAGUGCAUGUCAAUUUAAGCACCUGGACAGAACCCCAUACCUGGAAGUUACAUGGGGCAGGGGUAGGCAAAUACUGUAUCCAUCAAAAUGCUACGGGAGGGGUGCAAGUUGGGAAUAGCAGGUGUAAUUGGACAUUGGAAUGGCGCUCAUACUGCAUCAUACGGGAUUGUCCGGUCACCAACUGUACUCAGUUGGCCCCUCAAUGGAAUGACACACAUAUUCGACUCAACAAUGGCACAUGGUGUUCAUGUAUCCCUGAUGCACGUAAUCAAAGUUCAUGCAGAUCCAAAUGUGAUGAUCCCAAUGUAGACAUCCAGGUGAAUGAAUGUCAGGAGAGGAAUCUAACGAUUCCCACGAUCCUAAAGGACCAAGGCUGGUUAUGGACGCACCUUAAUGGAACGGUCGUUAAGGGAUUCCAUAACUAUUGGACUACAUGGAACCAAACUAAUAACUACGCUGUCUGUAAAUAUAAUGAUGACUCUCGCAUAUGGAGAUGCAGUUAUGAAGAGCGAGGGUACCGGAUAGUUACAGGACCCCUUGGGGCAGAGGACAGUUAUUAUAUCCCCUAUAAAAAGAAAUCCCCGAUGUUGCAUAAUAGCACUAGGCCUGCGUUAAAAGGACAUUAUUGGAUUUGCGGAAGUAAGGCGUAUGCCAUUCUUCCCUUAAAUUGGACCGGCACCUGUUAUGUUGGAGUCAUACAACCCCUCUAUACCAUAAAAGGAGGUAGCUUUAAUCCUUUGAUUCCAGUGUUCGAUGAGGAGCGAACUGAUGAGAGAAAACGCUCCAUAAAUGUUAACUUAGCAAAAGGACAGGACAAUGGAUGGAGGGAUGAAUGGCCGCCUGAACGCAUCAUCGCCACGUAUGAUCCAGCUUCCUGGGCACAGGAUAGUAUGUAUGGAUACAGGACUCCUAUCUAUUUAUUGAAUAGGUUGAUUCGGUUACAAGCGGUGGUAGAAAUUCUCACUAAUCAGACGGCAAAUUCCUUAAUUCUGCUUGCUGAUCAAUCAACUCAAAUGAGAGAGGGGAUACUCCAAAACCGGUUAGCUCUGGACUACUUAUUGGCAAAAGAGGGAGGAGUCUGUGGGCUCCUCAACCUAACGGAAUGUUGUCUCAAAAUAGAUGACAAUGGUGAGAUUGUAAAAGAUGUGGCAAAUAAAAUGAAGAAGCUUGCACACGUACCGGUACAAAUCUGGAAAGGGCUCGAUCUCGGGGAUUGGAAUUCAUGGUUUAACUGGUUCGGAGGAAUGAAGACUAUGGUUAUACUAGUUAUGCUAAUUUUAGUAGGAUGUAUGCUUUUACCCUGUCUGUUACCAAUAAUCAUGAAUGGCAUUCGCAGUAUAGCGGACAAUGCAGCAACAAGAAGUAGUAUGCAACUGUAUGGAAAAAUAAUGUAUCAAAGGGUACAUAAAGAAGACCCAUGGGAGACAAAAGGAGAAAAGAAGGAAGAGCCCAUUUAG